AAAAGAGUGGUUGACAGCGACAAAGGAGCCGUUUCCAAAAAUCUGACAAAUCUCGUUGGUUGAAACUGCUUUGCAAAGAAGGCAUCGUUGUAAGGUUUCCUGGAAGGUUUUUUUUAAAAUAUAUAUCUAAGUAAAAGUCUGGAGCCAUGUCGCCUUUUCUGCGGAUUGGCUUCUCCAACUUUGAGAUUGAUCCUGGUCUGGCCUACCAUGAGGAGGUGCUGAACCCAUACUGUGCUGUCUACAUGAAAGAGGCCAUUGACACAGAAAAGGGGCAAGUGUACAAGCAGAAGAAGCCGACCAUGUACCCGCCGUGGAGCAGCACGUUCGACGCCCACAUCCACCGCGGCCGCAUCAUGCACGUGAUGGUGAAGGACCGGACAGCGGAGCUGAAGUCUGAGGCCACCGUGGCUUUGGACUUGCUGGCAACACGCUGCAAGAAGGAGAACGGCAAGCUGGAGAUCUGGCUGGAGCUGAAGCCACAGGGUCGCCUGCUGAUGGAGGCCAGAUAUUACCUGGAGAAAAGCGAUGCUGCAGGUCACACUGAGGGAGACCCCGACUCCGAACAGGAGCGGGACGGUUUGUUCGCCCUCCAUCAUCGACGCGGUGCCAUCAAACAGGCCAAGGUUCACGUCGUCAAAUGUCACGAGUUCAGCGCCACGUUCUUCCCUCAACCGACCUUCUGCUCUGUCUGCAAAGAGUUCGUCUGGGGUCUUAACAAGCAGGGUUACCAGUGCAGACAGUGCAAUGCAGCCAUCCACAAAAAAUGCAUAGACAAAGUCAUCGCCAAAUGCACCGGUUCAGCCGUGAACAGCAAAGAAACAAUGAUCCACAAGGAGCGCUUCAAAAUCGACAUGCCCCAUAGGUUUAAAGUCUACAACUACAAAAGCCCCACCUUCUGUGAACACUGCGGGACUCUGCUGUGGGGGCUCGCCAAGCAGGGGCUCAAAUGUGAGGAAUGUAGCAUGAACGUCCAUCAUAAAUGCCAGAAGAAGGUAGCCAACCUCUGUGGGGUCAACCAAAAGCUGAUGGCUGAAGCUCUGGCCAUCAUUGAGAGCAAACAGCAGGCUGACGCUGGUCCUACCUUUAACCUUCAGGCCAGAUGCAUCAGGGAAAGCGACAUCAUUGGUCGAGAAGGUCCAGUAGGUGUUGGCCAGCCAGGAGUGGUCCGAGCUCCGUCUGGGUUAGUGAUGGGUUCAUCGGGCACAGCUACACCUGCAAACAAAGAGUUGCAGGGUGUUUCCUGGGAGGGACCGACAGACGACAGCAGGCCGGUCACUGAGGAACCGAUAGAGGAGGAGCCUCUGUACACCGUCCCAAGGAAGGAUCACCAACCCAAAUUCACCAUCGAUGACUUUGUCCUGCAUAAGAUGCUCGGGAAGGGCAGCUUUGGCAAGGUGUUUUUAGCCGAGCUGAAAAAGAGCGGGCAGUUUUUUGCAGUCAAGGCUCUAAAAAAGGACGUGGUCCUGAUGGACGAUGACGUCGAGUGCACUAUGGUGGAGAGGAGGGUCCUGUCUUUAGCCUGGGAAAAUCCUUUCCUCACACACCUUUACUGCACCUUCCAGACCAAGGAGAACCUGUUCUUCGUGAUGGAGUAUCUGAACGGAGGGGAUCUGAUGUUCCACAUCCAGAGCUGCCACAAGUUUGACUUGCACAGAUCCACCUUCUAUGCAGCCGAAAUCAUCUGUGGGCUCCAGUUCCUGCACUCUAAAGGAAUCAUUUACAGAGAUCUGAAGCUGGAUAAUGUGCUGUUGGAUUCGGAGGGCCAUAUAAAGAUAGCAGACUUUGGCAUGUGCAAGGAAAACAUGCAGGACGACUUGCGGACCUCCACCUUCUGCGGGACGCCCGACUACAUCGCCCCUGAGAUCCUGCUGGGUCAGAAGUACAGCAGCUCGGUGGACUGGUGGUCGUUCGGAGUGCUGCUCUACGAGAUGCUGAUCGGUCAGUCUCCGUUCCACGGCCGGGAUGAAGAGGAGCUGUUUCAGUCCAUACGAACGGACAACCCCGUUUAUCCCCGCUGGCUCACCAAAGACGCCAAGGACAUUUUAGUCAAGCUGUUCGUCAGAGAGCCCGAGGAGCGGCUGGGAGUGAAAGGAAACAUCAGGCAGCACAGUUUCUUCAGCAGCACUGACUGGAGCGCUCUGGAGCAACGGCAUGUGGCGCCACCCUUCAAGCCAACCUUGACGUCGCCCAGUGACUGCAGCAACUUCGACAAGGAGUUCAUCAACGAGAAGCCUCGGCUGUCGUGUGCCGACCGGACGCUGAUCAACAGCGUCGACCAGACGAUGUUCAGAAACUUCUCCUUCGUGAACCCGGGGAUGACUCGCAUCGCAGCCCGCUGACCACCUGACCAGCAACCUACUACCUACAAACGAGCCGCUCAGUCACACAGCCAGCACUUAACUGUUACAGAAACAAACUGCAGAGACUUUAGACAGCGAAUGUCACAAAGCUCAGCUGUGUCCGUAAACGUGACGAUGUUGAUAACCACUAAGGGGGUGUCCUGGGUGUGAGACACAUGCAAACGCAACUGUGAGGGGAUAUCUGUUGCACGUCUGUUCUGCCUCGCUCCACCUUAAAGAUUUUAAAUGAAAACAAAAAUCUCCACAGCGAUCUUCAAAACCAACCAAAAAACAAAAACUUCUGUGCUGAGACAGAGAGGCAACGGAGAUAAACCAAGAGUCUUUACAUAAAAAUUAACAAUUUACCUGCCGUCCAUUAUGAUACCUCACGUAUAAUUAGUCAGAUCCGUGUGGGCAUAAAUCGUAACCAGCCAGUUCCUUUUAUUUUAAAAGCAUGUAAUUAAUUACCCACAGAAUUCCCCCUUGAAAAGUGUUCAACCCCUUUAACUUGCUUUCGCGCUUAUCAGGGUUUCUUAAUCAAUAUUAAAAUGUGUUUGUGAUUAACUUAUGGUGCCUCAUAAUACUCUAUGAAGUUCACGUCUUCCAGUAAAGCAAACUAAGAAAUUUGGUUCCACCAAAUGAAAUCUAUUAUCCUGUUACUGUUUAAAAUUUUUCUCCUGUUCCACAGCAUACUGAGUCUUUUACCUCCACUUUGGGUACAGAUGUUAAAAAUACAUUUUAACAGCCCUUUGUUUUUGUAAAUAACUGUAAUGUAAUCAUGUUUGAGAAAUGUACUGUUGUUGGAAUAGAUGCGCCACGUGUAGCAGAGGUGAAUUACAGGGUUUUUCGUUUACGCAUGUUUUCUUAUUGUACCUCAGGUGUUUCAUUGAUGCUGUUAUUUGGAUCGGCUGCUUAGAUCCCUGCCUACUGUAGUUUUUAUUGU